CAUUACUGUGUGAUCCGGCGUCUGUAACGGUCAUUUCAAACGUGAGAUACUAUAGAUAGGCCAUGAGGGAACUUAUUUUUUUACUAUAUUGUACUGCCAUUGUAUACACUGCAAGAUGUCAGGGAAUGGGAUUCGGAGAGCCUGUACCAAGUGUUGGAAUUUCUCAAAACCAACAGGAUGCUCUACUAGCUUUACUUGCACCAAACCAUCAUCAAUCAGGACCCAGACCAUCCAAUAACAUCAUGGGUCAUCUUUCUGUAGGCAAUAAUCAAAACCCAUCGUCAAACCAUCAAUCCAACACUCAGUCUUCUACCAUAGGACAUCCUGGGUUUGAUAUGCACAGCCUGAUAGAGAUGAUCUCCGGAGGACCAACCGGAAGCACAGGGCAGUCUUCCACGAAACGUGGUCCACCCUCCAAUGUGCAAUCAAACUUCCAUGACCCAAGUCAAACAUCUUCUCAAAGUGGCACUGGGUUCAACCCCCAACACCAGUCUGGAAACCAAGGUGGAUAUUUUGAUAUCGUUCCCGAACCUUCCCAAACCAGCAACUACGAUCCUGCACCAUCGGCUUCAUCAGGCAGAAAUCGGCAGGGCAGUUUCCACGAUUCCACUGGAUUCUCAUUGCCUCAACCAAGUGGAAGCAGACACAAUGGCCCCUCCCGCAAUUCUCAUACCCAGGACCCAAUGAUUGCAGCUCUAGAAAGAGCACAGAAGCAACCUUCCAAUUCAGGAAUGAAUCAAGGAAAUCUGCCAGGAAACGCUUUACCAGAGAUGUUCGGAUCACAUCCAUUAAGCGGUAAGACUUCAGGUAAUUCAGUAUUCGGAUCGUUAUUAAGAAAUUCCCAGUCUUCCGGCCACCCUACCGGCUCAAAGCAAACCAUCCAUAAAAACCCAACUUCAAGUAUCUUAGGCAGUAAGUCAGGAGCUUCGGCCACCUCGUCUACUUCCGGUUCGUUACCAAGUGGUGCCGUAUCUCAAGGAUCGUCCGCACCUAAAGCUUUUCGACCACCGAACGUGUUCCAGAUGAAGAUGCAAGCCAAGAUGUAUAAUAUGAAGGCAGCUAAAAUGGCCCCAAUCAUGCAAUUGUAUGAACAAGAAGGAUGUAUUAAUCCAAUUGCUUUCCUCCCUGCCAACAUCUUGGAAGGUGCAAAAUCAGCCUUUUCAAAUGGAUGCCAAGAUCCCAAUACCAAAAACUACUGUAAUAUGGCCCAACUCAAAACACCGGGAUUCACACCUGCCAGAAUGAACACCCAAAUUCUUCUACAGUCUAUGCUAACUCCGGAAUCGAAGACACGAAUUGGAUCUAUGUUAUCCAAAAUGUCGCCCUCCAAUAUGAUGAGCGGUGGAAUGAGUGGUAUGAUGGGAUUCGGCGGUGGAGAAAUGAUCAAUGCUGAAAUGUUGGACCGUGUGAUGAAAUUACGACAGAGGUUAUUCCCCUUAGAAUGUAAUGAAGUUGUUUUGACGUCCAUGUUUAAAAUCGGCACGUGCUGUUAUGGAAAGGUUCAACUCCCAGAGAGAUACAUCAUGUCGCAGUUCCUGUCUAGAUCUUUUGGUGCCAAAUAAUCAUUUUAAAAAAUGGUUCUUCAAAACACAAUCAGAGGUUUAAGGAGCCUGAUAACGAUCACUAGUUGUUUAUGGUUGCGAAUAAGAAUAUUAGUUAUAAGUUUCGAACGCAAUUCCCAUAUUACUGAGUUGUGAGUUGCAAGUUGCGUUCGAAACUCAUGGUCACUAUCAUUAUUCGUAACCAUUUGUUUUUAUUACUCUUGAGAAAUUAGCGAUUGUUCCUACCUUUUAUAAAGAUAUAGGAAUAGCCUUAAAGGGAUAUAGCCGACAAGCACGACUGAUAGAGUUUAGAGUUUUAGAUUGAUAAAUUCUCUAUGUAGGUAAAUAAACUGUAUCCUUUAUACGAUUGUAUUGUAUAUAGAAUUGUUAUCAGUAGUGUAAUUGUUAACAUGUUUUGAAUUUUAUAAUAAUAAACAUAUAUCAUAUUGUUG